CUAUGGAUUUCUGUUACUGCUCCUCCAUAUCCUGAGAGCUGUUAUUGCACUGGAGGAGAAGAUCAUUGUCAGUAAACUUGGAGACAACGCUACGCUGAGUUGCAUUUAUCGAGGAAGCCAAUUGCACUUAAAAAAUCUGCGGGUAUAUUGGCAAAUAGCUGAUGAUCAAGAGGAGUGUUCAGUUGUACAUGCACUGAUCUCUGGUCAAGACAAUGAAAGUGAACAGUGUAUUCACUUUAAAAACAGGACUCAGUUAUUCUGGGACAGGUUGGAAAGUGGUGAUUUUUCUCUGUUGCUACUAAACGUCAGCCAGAGUGAUGAACGUAGAUACAAAUGUGUAGUACUGCAGAAAACUGAAUAUACCAAGGUGAUUCACCAGGCAGAAGUGGUUCUCAGUUUAGCAGCUAGCUAUAGCCAACCAAUACUCAGUGGACCGAUGACAAACAGUGACAGCACUGGGGAAGAGGUGACUUUCAGCUGCAGGUCCGGCAAUGGAUACCCAGAGCCCAACGUUUAUUGGAUAAAUAAAACAGACAACAGCCACCUGAAUUCAUCAGACCUAAAGAUCACCUCCCACGCUGAUGGCACUUACAGCGUUUUUAGUACACUAAAGGUUAAAGCCACCUCUAACAUGGAAAUAGAGUGCUCCAUAGAAAAUAAAAUACUGCGGGAAAAUCUAUCGGCCAACUACACACAGCAAAAGCAAAGCAAUGGUUCUAGCACAGAAAAUCACAAAAACCUGGGAAAACAUGGACGAGGCGCUCAAGCAGCUGGCAUAGUUUCUGUCAUCAUUCUGAUAGGUCUUCUAGCUGUUUUAAUCUGCUGGCUGUGGAGACGGAGGUCCUCUAAACUAGUGUCCUAUGCAG